AUGCUCGCUGAAGAGACGUUGAUCCCCCUGGAACCAAAUGCAUUUCGAGCGCUAACUGCGUCAAAAAAAUUCAAUGAAACAUCAAAUAAAUUACUAGAUUUGGCGUAUUCAGAAGAUGGAAACGGAUUACUUGUAUCUGCAGAAGAUGUUAUUCUUGUGUACGAUCUUCAUGAUGGUUCUAAAUCGAAACCAGUUGAAUGCAAAAAGUACGGAGUUGAUCGAUUAGAAUAUUUGACCAGUGAGACUUGCGUCCAUAAUGAUACAAAAACUGGCAAUGUAGUCAGAUUAUUGAAUAUUACAAAGAAAUCGUAUAUAAAAUACUUUCACGGACAUACUGAAAAGAUUAUUGCGAUUCGAAGUAAUCCAAAGUGUCGUGAAAGGUUUAUUUCGAGUUCUUUCGAUGGGAGUAUUCGAAUGUUUGAUUCCAGAACAUUUGAUUACUAUGGAUUCAUACACACUGCACAUCCCGCUCUCAUUGCAUUCGAUCCAGAAGGGUUACUGUUUGCUACUGCUACAAAAUCUGAAACUAUCCGAUUGUUCGAUGUUCGGUCUUUCGAUUUGGGACCUUUCCAAGUAUUUCGUCUACAGAAAAACGAUAAUGACGAAUGGUCGAAUAUUGAGUUCUCAUCGUGUGGAAAAUUCAUACUAGUCUCGACGAAGGGAGAAGUUAUCAAAUGGGUUGACGCAUUUACUGGAGUAGUCGUACACGAAUUCAAAGGACAUAAAAAUCCAAACAAAAUAGAUCUCCGAGCGACAGUGUCUUCUGGUUCUGGAUAUGUGAUGGUUGGAAGUGCAGAUCGAAAUAUUUAUGUCUACUCAACAGAGAAUGGAUCACUAGUUUGCAAACUACCAACACCAUAUGUUGAACCUUCACAUGUCGUUUCUUUCAACCCGAAGCAGUUCCUACUGACUUCAUUGGGAAGAGAUGUGAUUCUGUGGGCACCAAGUGAAGAAUAUAAUAACGAACAUUGA